AUGGGAGGAUGUUCUUCAAAUGAACAAAUCACUAAUAGAGUUGAGUUAGAUGAUAAUAAUAUUCACGAAGAAAAUCUAGAAGAAGUUACUGAGAAACCUGACACAGUUCCAAAAAAUCAAGAACUCCUAAAUGAUUUAGAUAAUUGCAUCUGUAAAAAUAUAUAUGAUCCAAGUCAAUGGAAUACUGUAGAUACAAAGUUGAGAGAUCUAUUAGUAGAAAAAGGACCAAUUAGAAUAACUGACAUAAAUUUUCCAAAGGAUAAUCUCUCUAGACAUUUUUCUACAACACAUUAUAUUCAAAUAUUGGCAAAUGGAGAAAGACAUGAAAGAAAAUGCACAACUUCUCAUACUUGUAACAGUAAACUAGCUAGUGAAGGUAGUAAUGAUUGGAGAAAUCUUAGUGCUAAGCUUAAAGAUCAUGAAGAACAAAUCAAUAGAGAUAGAGCACAUUGGAAAAAUGUAUUGUCAAGAAUCAUUGCCGUGAUCAAAACUCUUGGGAAAAAUAAUUUAGCUUUUAGGGGAAAAAAUGAAAAGACCUAUCAAGAAAGUAAUGGAAAUUUUUUAAGUCUAAUUGAAAUGAUUGCAGAAUUUGAUCCAGUUAUGCAAGAACAUAUUUGGCGAAUUAAGCAUGAUGAAAUCCUUAAUAAUUACCUUGGACAUAAUAUACAAAAUGAAUUGAUAAACUUAUUGGCAAGUGAAAUCAAGAAUAAAAUUAUUGAAAAAAUUAAAGAAAUAAAGUACUUCUCAAUCAUUCUUGAUUGCACUCGAGAUGCAAGCCAUCAAGAGCAAAUGACUUUUGCAUUGCGGAGUGUGGAUAUUUCAGCCACUCCAAUAAAAAUUAAUGAAUAUUUUUUAGAGUUUUUAAAAGUAGAUGAUACAAGUGGCAAAGGUGUUUUUGAAGCUAUUAUAGAUGAAAUAAAAAAUGUAGGACUUGAUAUUGAUAAUUUAAGAGGACAAGGAUAUGAUAACGGAUCUAAUAUGAAGGGAAAACAUCAAGGAGUGCAAAAAAGACUUCUCGAUGUAAAUCCUAGAGCAUUUCAUACACCUUGUGGUUUUCAUAAUUUAAAUUUGUUAAUUCAAUUAGUAAAAGUUUACAACUAG